UUACGACAGCGGGCAGCUGAGAUAUAUAAAGAGCCCCCUUUUUGACCGUACUUGCACAUUUUCCAGUGACACUUCUGCACACUCACACACAUACACACAUACACAUAUGCACAUACACACACACACACCUCCAUGGACUGAAACUUGUACAGAGGACGCCAAAAAAAAACCAACCAUCCAUACUCCAUGUGAUCAACUUUCAAUAAAGACGCAAGAAACACUGGAACGCACUUUUUUUUUUUUUUUUAAACAUUUUCCAUCGCAAAAGAGCUCAACUUCGCUGUGUUGGAUUAGAUGUCACUUUGUUACGAUUAAGGAGCGACGCAAGAGAGGAAAUUUGAGCGGGUAAAGUGAGUUUCAAAAAGAGAGAAACAACAAAAAAAAACAAACAAAAAAAAGUUGCAUUGCCUGGUGUCCACUCAUCGUCAUGUCGAGGUAUAACUUCUUACUGUGCUUGAUGGUGCUCAUCUCCUUGGGACAGUCGGGGAGCGAUGAGCCCAAUCUGCUGCUGCCUCUCGCCAGCGAGACGCCCACGGAUGCCGGCCUAUCGCUCCUGGAUGAGGACGCCGGUUCCCACGAGUGCUCCGCCUGCGUUUGGAGGGAACAAAGCAAAGUGCUGAGGCUGGAGACCAUCAAGUCGCAGAUCUUGAGCAAGCUGCGUCUCAAGCAGGCGCCUAACAUCAGCCGGGAGGUGGUCAACCAGCUGCUGCCCAAGGCGCCUCCGCUCCAGCAGCUGCUGGACCAUCACGACUUCCAAGGAGACGCGUCCUCUCAGGAUGAUUUUAUGGAGGAGGAUGAGUACCACGCCACCACGGAGUCUGUCAUCACCAUGGCGUCUGAGCCGGAGCCCCUGGUGCAGGUGAACGGCAAACCCAGCUGCUGUUUCUUCAAGUUCAGCCCCAAACUCAUGUUCACCAAGGUGCUGAAGGCCCAGCUGUGGGUGUACCUGCGACCCCUCCAGCAGACGUCCACCGUCUACCUGCAGAUUCUGCGACUCAAGCCCAUCACGGAGCAAGGCAGCCGCCACAUCCGCAUCCGCUCCCUGAAGAUCGAACUCAACUCCAGGGUGGGCCACUGGCAAAGUAUUGACUUCAAGCACGUGUUGCAGAACUGGUUCAAACAGCCUCACACCAACUGGGGAAUCGACAUCAACGCCUUUGAUGAGAGUGGCAAUGACCUGGCCGUUACCUCGCUGCGACCCGGGGAGGAGGGGCUGCAGCCGUUCCUGGAAGUGAAGGUUCUGGAGACGACCAAACGAUCUCGAAGAAACCUGGGCUUGGACUGCGACGAGCACUCCACCGAAUCCCGCUGCUGCCGCUACCCUCUGACGGUGGACUUCGAGGCCUUCGGCUGGGACUGGAUCAUCGCGCCCAAGCGCUACAAAGCCAACUACUGCUCGGGUCAAUGCGAGUACAUGUUCAUGCAGAAGUACCCGCACACCCACUUGGUGCAGCACGCCAACCCCAGGGGCUCGGCGGGGCCCUGCUGCACCCCGACUAAGAUGUCGCCAAUUAAUAUGCUCUACUUCAACGACAAGCAGCAGAUCAUCCACGGGAAGAUUCCCGGCAUGGUGGUGGAUCGAUGCGGUUGCUCUUAAACUGAGGGGACGACCUUUUUCCAUCCAAACACACUAAACACACAUGGAGCACUCCCCUGGCACCGGAAUCCAUUUCUUGGCACCAGAUCCCACACACACAACACAGAAAUCCAAUUGAUUCUAACUUAAGUUCAAUCGUAACAAGGGACCGAGUAACGGCGAUGAAUUGAACGUGUGGAGUGCUAAAAGUAUGUUUUUUUUUAAUGGCGUCUUUGUCAUGAAUUUUUCAUGCAUCGUCCGCCCCUGAAGGGGUUAAAGACAUUUUGGACACUGCUUUAUUUCACAAACACUCCCGAAAUAAAACCAGAGGCCAAAAUAUAACGGCUAGAAAUCCAGCUAAAUGUUGUUUACAGAUGUUUUUCAAAUGUAAAAGCGGGCUCAGAGAUCCAAAAAAAAAAAAGCAAACCCCUUCAUGUAUGACACCUCCGUGUGACAUUCUCGCGUAUCUACAAACCGUUUUCACUGCCCGCUUUGAUCUCUUUCAUUUGGAGUCUUGUAAAAACUCCCCAAAAAAACAAAAAAAAAUCCCACAGUAGAGAUCAUCAUUCUAUUCCAUCUGCAAAUGAACCAACACAUGUUUGUUUGUGCUAAAGUAGCGGCUGUGCUACACGUGUACAGUUAAGCACACGGUGAUUGUGAUUCAUAUCAUUAUGUUCAUUUUUAAUUGUUGCAUGGGCAUCUUUUUAGCUGGAAAGACUUUUUAAUAACCCGCUGGUUUCUAUUGUGGUCUAUGAAGUCCAUUCUACUCAGUUUUUAAUCAUUUAUUUUAGAUUAUUUGGCCAGUUCUGGUUAAAAAAAGGAAUAAUAAUGCACAUUAUAAUUUUUUUUUAAAUUAUACAUUUCCAAAAAAAAUGUAUCGUGCAGACAAAUUGGCUUACAAAAUAAAAAAAUAUUUUAUUGUUAUGACAAGAACCGAUUUUACUGCAGUAAAUGUAGCAAAAACAACCACAAAUCAAUCUUCACAAACAAAAACUGUAAACUGUAAAACUGAACAAAAGCCACACCGUUAAAUACAAAAAAAAUGGUAAGAUUUUUAAAAAUAAUAUAACUUUAAUUCACUUUUUUUCGUCACUUCCGGCUAAAAAUAAAAUUAAAAUUUUGCUUGUUUAUGAAUAAUUUAAAAAAUAUAUUUUAAGAAGCGAUUUUACUGCAGUAAAGGUAGCAAAAUCUUCACAAACAAAAACUGUAAACUGUAAAACUGAACAAAGCGUUAAAUACAAAAAAAUGGUAAGAUUUUUCAAAAAUAAUAUAACUUUAAUUCACUUUUUUUUAUCACUUCCAGCUAAAAAUAAAAUUAAAAUUUAGCUUAUGAAUAAUUUGCCGCUGUAAAGUACAUCGGGAAGCUGAGCAGUACUCAAAACACAGUAAAACACGGUAUUACAUAACAGAACUGAUGUAAAUAAGGAAAAAUAUCCAGUAUAAAAAAUGAUUUCUUUUUUUUUUCUUUUUAUGAUUUCUUUUAGAUUUUUUUGGCCAGGUUUGGUUAAAAAAAGGAAAAAUAAUACAUAUUGUAAUUUUUUUUAAUUAUACAUUUCCUCCAAAAAUACAUUGUGCAGACAAAUUGGCUUACAAAAUAAAAAAUUAUUUAUUUUUAUGACAAGAAGUGAUUUUACUGCAGUAAAGGUAGCAAAAACAACCACAAAUCAAUCUUCACAAACAAAAAUUGUAAACUGAACAAAGCGUUAAAUACAAAAAAUAUGGUAAGAUUUUUAAAAAUAACAUAACUUUAAUUCACUUUUUUUUCAUCAUUUCCAGCUAAAAAUAAAAUUAAAAUUUCGCUUGUUUAUGAAUAAUUUGCCGCUGUAAAGUACAUCGGGAAGCUGAGCAGUACUCAAAACACAGUAAAACACGGUAUUACAUAACAGAACUGAUGUAAAUAAAGAAAAAUAUUUAAUAAAUGAUUUUUUUUUUCUUUUUAUGAUUUCUUUUAGAUUUUUUGGCCAGUUUUGGUUAAAAAAAGGAAUAAUAAUACAUAUUAUAAUUUUUUUUUAAUUAUACAUUUCCAAAAAAAAUACAUUGUGCAGACAAAUUGGCUUACAAAAUAAAAAAUAUACAUAAUAAAAAACAACAACAAAUCAAUCUUCACAAACAAAUAUUGUAAACUGAACAAAGCGUUAAAUACAAAAAAUAUGGUAAGAUUUUUAAAAAUAACAUAACUUUAAUUCACUUUUUUUCAUCAUUUCCAGCUAAAAAUAAAAUUAAAAUUUGCUUGUUUAUGAAUAAUUUGCCACUGUAAAGUACAUCGGGAAGCUGAGCAGUACUCAAAACACAGUAAAACACGGUAUUACAUAACAGAACUGAUGUAAAUAAGGAAAAAUAUCCAGUAUAAUAAAUUAACGGCGGACUCUGACAUCACAUAUUUAAUUUUAUUUUCAUUUUAUUUACCGUUUCAGAAAUACUCACAGCUUUCAAUGCGGAAGAGAAUGUUUUUUUCCACGCCGCUAACUGUUAUUGCGGAUCCAUAAUUUCGGAAUAAAUCCCCGAUCCACGUCAUCCUAAAGACUUUAUAUCGUCAGUGCUUGAUUACAGUAGAAAUUAGUAUUCUCAAAGUGUGUCUUUGUCUCCGGGACGUCCUAGCAGAGAUGUCCAAAUUGUUGUAAACGAAAGCACUAUGCUGUUGGAUAAAGGAAGAGCCUUCUGACAUUAUUAUAUAUAAAUGAUAUAUGUAUAUAUUCAAAGAAAAAAAAAAAAAAGGAGUACAAACACCUUUUUUUGGGGGGGGGGCACUCUACCUUUACCAACAAUAAAUUUUGCACUAUGGCAUGAAGGAGGUAAAGUGUUAUUUUGUGUUUGACCGAGCACAAGAGAGCUUGUACAGUGUAGCCGAAACCAUUCAAGCGUCUGCUGAUGAUGAUGAUGAUGAUGAAACCGUUACACGCCAACGAGGAAAGUCAUCGAACGUUUUCUUGAUGCCAUUGUUACACUUUUCCUGACUUUUUUUUUUAAAUCCGAAGCGGGGGGCCUGUCCACACAUCCAAUCUGGAACUGCGUCCUCGAACAAGUCAUCGCGUGUGUCCAUUCAUUAACGUCUGCAAGAAAAAAAAAACGAAUACGGAAUGCUUUAACUGGAAAAAACGGCCCCGCCCACCGAUAUACGUUCACGUGCUGCAAAGUUAGAGAGACUGAAUGUCUUGCUUUUUUUUUUUUUUUUUUUUUUCCGACAUGAUUUGCCUUUGUGUGUGUUUUUAAGGGAAAGCGCCCAUGCAGGAAUGGGAGGAGUAUCCAGGGAUUGUUAGCCAAAGUAGAGGACGACAUGUUUGUGUGCUGUAACUUGUGUUGUUAUCGCAGGAAUAUGCUAGAAAAAUUCAAAGGGAGGAAAAAAAAUUAGGGGGGAAGUGGUUUGGGAAUAUUCAACUGAUCAAUUGUCUAUAUUUAUUCAUAUGAAUUACAAAGUCUGUCUACCUCACUAAGCUAGCCUUUUAAAAAAAAAAAUUCAAAUGUGCAAAAUGUACCCCUUAAGAACCCCCCCCCCCCUUACCCGCCCUCCUCCGCACCCCCAAAAAGAUAGUAGCAAACCAACAGGGUCCCCGUACUCUCAGGUUGGGAUGGAGUUGACGUUGACGGAAUGACUGAUGGUAGCGGCUCUGCUCAUGUGUGGUCAAAAGAUGUAAUUAUUAGCUGUGCCCGCCAUGGCUUGACUAUCGCGGAAGCCAUUUUGAAAUGUAGUCUUUGUAUACUGGUAUGUGUGAGAGUGUUUUCAUAUAAUUAUAUGAGAGUUAAAAAAAAAUGUAAAUAACAACAUUUAUGAUGUUUUGGACAGGUUCACCGCUUCUAAUGUUUUAUCAUUCCUGCGUUCUUUGUGUAGUUUUAAAAAGAAAUCACCCCAACUUUGUAGUUUAAUGGUUGUGCAUAUGAAUAACUAUUCAAUUGUUGCUUUGUUUUUGCCUUUGUUGUUUAUUAUAC